CACGUCAUUAAUAUAAUGUACGGGACUACCGAUGCCUCAGUUACCAAUUUCCCAUUAUUGGUCUUCUAUAAACCAGAAAACAAAAGACAUUUCUUCAAGUUGCAGUCUGAAAAUCCGAACUCAAAAAGAAAGCAAAGGCAUCGAAGAAUUAAGAGAGUGAAAGAAAUGGGAGUAGAGGGUUUUAUUGUUUUGGCCUUGUCGAUGAGCAGUUUGUUGCAGUGGGGUUCAUUGGGUGGGGUUGGAGCGGCUGAUGAGAGUGGUUUAGCAAAUGAGUGCAGCAAAGAUUUCCAGAGCGUGAUGACUUGCCUGAACUUUGCUCAAGGGAAGGUGGCGACGCCGACUAAGGAGUGUUGUAGUUCGGUGUCGACUAUAAAGGAAAAUGAACCAAAGUGUUUGUGCUAUCUUCUUCAGCAGACCCAGACGUCUGGAGCUCAAAACCUUAAGAGCUUGGGGGUACAGGAAGCUAAGCUUCUUCAGCUUCCUUCCGCUUGCCAGUUAAAGAACGCUAGCGUCAGUGACUGCCCAAAGCUUCUUGGAUUAUCUCCAAACUCACCAGACGCUGCCAUCUUCACCAAUGCCUCCUCAACAGCGACGACGACCACUUCACCAUCAACCGGAACAUCAUCAUCGUCUGCUUCAGAAAAGAGUGAUAGCAGUAAUUUCAGUGGAGCCAAGCCUGGAGAUCACCUCGUUUGUUACACGCUAUUCAUUGCUUCGGCCAUAUUUUUCUAUGCAUAACUCCCAGCUGGAUUUGGGUGAAAGGCUUUCCAGACACUUAUGGUUUAAUUUCCUUUUUCGUUUGUUGUUUUCUCAAUCUCUAGCUGCUACAACUUAAUUUCACCAUUAUUCUUCCCAACUGCAUCGUUUGUUUUUUUUUUUUUUUUUCUAUUUUGAUAAGCCAGACAUUUUAUUUAUAAGGCAAAUCGUUUACAA